AUGUCCUACUUCCUGAGUAAUUUAAAAAGCAGUUUGAAGCUUGACUUAGAAUUGGAGGUGUCUGCUAGAUCCCGAAUUGUGCACGAAAAGAAACAGACCCAUGCACUGACUCUUUGUUUCUUUUUUUUUUUUUUUUUCAGUUUUUUGGCACUGACUUCCCUUCGGCUGGUGUUCUUGGUUGCAUUUGGCCUGAUAAUAAUAAUUUGUUUAGAUCAGUGGAAGAAUAAAAUCUGGCCUGAAAUUAAAGUGGCAAGAUCAGAUGAAUUGGAAAAUGAGAGCUGGGGCUACGUUCACCCUCAGUUGCUGAGUGUGCCGGAGCUGUGUCACCAUUUAGCAGAAGGAUGGGUGACUGGGGUCACCUUCUUAAGGAAUCUCUUCAUUUUCAAAAAGCAAAAUCCUGGCAAGUUUUGUCUUUUAGUAUGUGGAGUCUUUACUUUCUUGGCUGUUCUGGGCCGGUACAUUCCUGGAGUCCUGCUCUCAUACCUUAUGCUGCUCUUCAUCCUGCUAUGGCCCCUCGCAGUGUACCACAAACUGGGGCAACGCAUGUACCUGAAGCUGGAGCCAGCUCUGCAGCGGCUGGAUUUCAGCGUUCGAGGCUACAUGAUGUCAAAGCAGCGAGUGAAGCAAUUGCGUCAGCGAGCGCUGAACCAGGAGCAUGCUGACACUGGAAGUGACAGUGAAGAAGAACUUGCUGCAUUCUGUCCCAAGCUGGAUGAUUCUGUAGUUGCUAAGGAACUGACUAUCUCUGACUCUGAGCAUUCAGAUGCUGAAGUUUCCUACACUGAGAACGGGACGUUUAACCUGUCAAGGGGACAGACUCCACUGACUGAGGGAUCUGAAGAUCUCGAUGGUCACAGUGACCCUGAAGAAUCUUUUGCCAGGGAUCUCCCUGACUUCCCUUCCAUUAAUCCAGAGGUGACUGGAAUAGAUGAUGAAGAUGACACCAGCAUUGGGAUUCCCAGCCUUGCUUACCGCUCUCAAGGCAUUGAAGAUCUACGUCACCCGUAUGACCGAGGCGAAGCUGUCCCCGAGCUCCUAACUGGGGCAGGGCCAUCUGUGCACAAUCUUACAAAUAACUUAGCUGGAUUUGUCACCAGGGGCAUGAUACAAUUAGCCUUGUCAGGAGCCUCUGAGCCAGGCCCUGUUUGCAGUGACAAUCCCCAGAGAGGCACAAAAACCUAUCUUAGAACCUCCAGCUCCGACUUGGACACGGAUGCAGAAGGGGAUGACUUUGAACUGUUGGAUCAGUCAGAGUUGAUCCAGCUGGAUCCGGCUAGCUCCCGAGGCCAGUGAGCAAUCGCACUUCUUUCCCUUCUGAUUUUUCUGUCAUGAGUAGCAGAGGGGAAUCUUCAGCAGCAAAAGCGUUGUGUAGUAAUCUAAAUGGUCUCUUGUGUGUACAAGUAGUGGCAACCAGGCCUGGCUGGGUACAUCACUGUGAUGUGACUUUGUAGGGCAAGCUUGGAUUUCAAAAUAAACUGUGCUUGGUAAUUCACGGGGCAGAA